AUUUCCAUUUUUUUUUAUUAAAAAAAGAAACCAUUUCCGGUGAACAGAAGAAAGAAAAAAAGAAUGGCGUCGACGACCUUGACGACAAUUUCUUCAAAUUUCCAGCAACUCCAUAGUCCUAGAGUCUCUUUUAGUAGCUGCUGGUGCUUUAACCGAAGCUUGAAGUUUCAGUACAACCGGAAAAUUCUGAGUCAUAGAGUUGUUACCUAUGUGAGGGAGCCGAUAUCUGCAUUUGCUUCAGGUUUGGAGGCAUCGAUUUCCGAUGCAGAUGACAAUGUGAUAUCCUUGAAGGAUGCUAGGAUUGUUGUCGAGUCUAGAGACAAAAAUAAGAUACAGCAAUGAUCUGAAUUUGUUGAUUUUGCUGGUUCACCUGCAAAUAUCUAGUGUUUUUGAGGCGGCUCUCAUGAUGUUUUACUUCCAGCUUAGAGUGGAUGUGAGUGGGAUUGAGACAUAAAAGGUAUUUGAUAAGGUUUUGACAGAUUUGGCACGACAAGCGCCACCAAUUCCUGGAUUUCGUAGACAAAAGGGAGGUAAUUCAUUGAUGCAAUCAUAGAUUAAAUUCUUAUUCAUUGUGAUUCAGUUGAAGUUCUGAUUGAAUUAGCCUAGAAUAAUUAAGAUAUGGUAAUAUUGUUUAUUUGUAAGUUCUUGAUGGACUUUGAACUUGUGGCUACGUACUGUGAGCUAGAGUUUAAUGAUAACUUUUAGUAAUUCCUGAUAUUACAAAUUGGUGAUUUACUUUAUUUAUGGGAGUGCCUUAAUUUUUUUCCGUUUGAGCCUUUGUGAUAAAAUAGUACCAGUGCCUUUGUGACUUUGACAAAUCUGCUUCUAUAUUUUUGUUAAAUUAUGUACCAUUUAACGCUUUAAGGAUAACAGUAAAGGGCUUAAUAUUUUGAUAGGAUCAUCAAGUUAAUUGUCAUGGCUAGAUUUUGAAUUAUAUGUUGCUGCUAAUGCUUGUUUAUUUGCAGGAUAUUAAUUUCCUAUUAUGAUGGUACCUACCAUUUCCCAUUUGUUCAUAAAUUUGCUGAGUUAUGUGAUUUCAAAAGCCAACCUUUAAUUCUGACUUCAUUGUACUUUCUAUUUGGGACUAAUGCAGGGAAAACAACAAAGGUGAGUGACUUCUAAUUUUAAAUUUUUCCAGAUUUGUCAUUUGACCUUGCUUUUGCUCAUCAUGUUCAGUCAGAAAGUUAGUUUUGUAUCUCCAAUGUUUGUUUCCUUCAAUCUUCAAUUUGUACUUGGCAUGGCAUUUUGCUUGAUAGAAAAUGGAAUUAGUUCUGUCAAACCUUCUAAUAAUUUAGUUCAUAUAAUUGAGGAUGUUGGGAUAUUUUGUAGCCAUUGAAUGUGUAGUUUGUAGACUUUUUUCUUUCUUUCUUCUUUCAUAUUUUUUUUCUAAAUGGAGUUUGGAGAAGGAAUUUAAAUUUGA